AUGUCCGGCUCUCCGCCUUUGCCUCUGAGGUCGGCUCAUGAGGCUGGUGGUCGAGGUGAGGCUCCGAAUUUCUACGCCACCUCCAGACUCACCGAUGGCCUUCGUGGAGGUCCGACACAACCAUCGCCUGCAAAUAUUCGGGAGCAAAUUUCACCAAUAAUAACGAGACCAUACCCACAAGAGCCAACAACAAGGUCGCCCUAUUCAUACCCAAGGCCGGACGAAUCAGGGAGAAUUGUCCCUUAUCCUCCUCAGCAUCACCAUGGAAUGCCCCAAGGAGUUUCACAAGCGCCGUACCUGAACUCAGCAUCAUCGAAUUCCGAAGCAUAUCCUGUGCCUGAUCGAUCACAGGCAGUCGAAUCACAGCCGUUUACAUCUCCAAAAUCUCAGAGAAAGACAAAGGGCCAUGUUGCCUCCGCUUGCGUACCUUGCAAGAAAGCUCAUCUUCGGUUAGUCACCACACAACGACCCUGUUCUCGAUGUCUUGGUAAUGGGAAAGAGGAUGCUUGUGUCGACGUUCAGCAUAAGAAAAGAGGUCGGCCACGAUUACGAGACGAAAGAGAUGCUAGAUUCGAUCCCACGAGAUAUUCCCAUCCCCAGGAUGCGGCCCUCAGGAGGCCGUUAAGUAUAUAUCCCUCAGGCAUGGCAGGACUUUCACCAUACGAAGACCCUCUUCGACGAAGUCAAUCCUAUCGAUCACUCGAGCCGCCGUCGAAUGAUGUUACUUCGCGUGAAUAUCAAGAGAGAUCCAUGGCUCCAGAUCCAAAUAUCUAUAAUCCAUCGUAUCCAGGCACACCACAUGCUAUGGAGCCUCUGGCGUACUUGAGUAUGGAGUUUGAUAUUGUUAAGGCAUCUCCAAUGUUCAUGGACAUAGUCCACGCAUCGAGCCCAAUAGGGAAUAAACUAAGCGAUAUCGUUACACCACACCAGGCAAAUUUCCUCACCAACCUUCAAAAUCAACUUUUUGAAGAGCAACGAUUACACGAGCCGAAUUAUCUGCCUCCUAUGCUGGGCAGGCUAGAUUUAGCAAUCAAGGACUUUGGAUUUACGACUGAAGAUGUCGCAAGAUUUCGCCUUAACCAUCUCGAAUAUUUCAGCUUCGUUGGAUAUGACGGCUACACAAGGACUUUCCCGCUUCGUUUUGGGCUCGCAAAGGAGGGCUCGUUCUAUUUCGUCGUGUUCUUGUUGAGCCUUCAACAGCCUCCUCCACAGUUACCACCUCCGCUACCAUCGCAUGCAGCGCAUCAACAGUAUUCCCACCAUCCACCGCAGAGACAGCAUUCUCAACAUUCUCAGCAUAGCCAGCAUUCUCAACAUUCUCAGCAUGCUCAGCACUCACAGCAUCCUCCAUAUGCGCAGCACUCACAACAUCCACAACACACGAGGGAUCCUGGUUCGAGUUCUUCCUCGGUUGAUUCUUAUCGACAUCGGCUUAGUGAUGGCUCUAUUCGAUCGCCACACAAUCCGGCUUCUUCGAGUACAGGUACCAGCUCAGGAAUUCCAACUUAUGCGCAGUCACAAUUCUCUGGGUCUAGCUAUCAGACAUCUCAAAGUGACCAUAACCCCGCUAGUCGACCUGCAACUCAACCCGCUUAUCACCUACCUCCUAUUCGGGCACAACCAGAUCACAGACCUUCCUCUCGAGAAGUGGGUUGGCCCAAUGGCGAACGACCAAGACGAGUUGAUAUCGGUGGCCUGCUAGAGCAGCCCGCCGAUUCUGGUCGGCGGUAA